AUGUCAGAUUGGGAUGCAGUCACAGUUGUCGGUAGAAAGGCCAAGGUCGGCGGAACGGGUCCUAAGGAGCACGUCAUUAAGAGCUCGUCGCAGAUAAAUGCGGCGAGAAGAAGCGGAGCCAUCACGUCUGUGGACAAGAAGUACGGUGCAGGAAACUCGAAGGCGGACCCAGAGGGCCAGAGACUGACCCGGAUCGACCGGUCGGACGAGAUCAUCGUGCCAAAGAAGAUCGACGCCUCGGUGGGCAAGACGAUCCAGCAGGCGAGACAGGACAAGAACCUGUCGCAGAAGGACUUGGCCACGAAGAUCAACGAGAAGCCCACGAUCGUCAACGACUACGAGGCCGGGCGGGGCACGCCUAACCAGCAGGUUCUCGCCAAGAUGGAGAGAGCCUUGGGCGUCAAGCUCAGGGGCAAGGACAUCGGCGCCCCGCUCUUCAAGAAGAAGAGCUAG